AAAUACAUCAAAUAAGUGUUUCAAACACUUGGUUUUUAUUUUGGAGAACUUUGGAUUUUUCGGUCGGUUUUUGCAUCGGUUGGCUAGGCCGUGGUUAAGGCAAAGACCAUGGGUUUUUGGCUAACCACCCACCCAGCGAUGGGAAGAUCUUCCCAUCGAUGGGUAAGCGGUCCCUAAGCCAAACCAACUUCCAGAACCAUGCCAAACAGCGAUGGGGAGUUCUACCCAUCGCUGUUAAAGCCUUGGUGCAACAUUAUCCCAAGGCAGAACAACCUUGCCCAACGAUGGGAAACCUAUCCCAUCGAUGGGAACCCAGCGAUGGUGAGCGAGGACGAAUUUGAUGCCGAGGAUAUCAAAAAGGUGGAGAACUACGCCAAGGCAAUCAACAUGCUGUACUGUGCAGUCAAUCCUGAUGAUUAUCGCAAGAUCUCUUGCUGCACCACUGCAAAAGAAAUGUGGGACAAGCUGGAGGUCACAUAUGAAGGUACGGACCAAGUUCGGGAAGCCAAAAUUGACUUCCUAACGCAGGAGUACGAGAUGUUCAGGAUGAAGGAAGGCGAAAAGAUCGAUGAUAUGUUCGAUCGGUUUUCAAAGAUCAUCAAGGACCUUCAUGCACUCAAGAAGACUUACGCUAACAAGGAUCUUGUGAGGAAAAUCCUGAGGAGUCUCACUCCCGAAUGGAGAUCAAAGGCUGACGCAAUCUACGAAUCCAUCGGAGUCUCCAACGUCACCAUCGACGGGUUAAGAGGUAACCUCAAAACUUAUGAGUCUACUAUUCUAACCCCGUCUUUGGAUGAACAAAAGAAGAAGGGAAUAACACUGAAAGCAACCAAGGAGACCGUGGAAGUUGACUCAAGCGAUGAUGACAACGAGUUCGGACUUGUCAUCAAGAAUUUCACAAAUUCAUGAAGAAGGAAUUUGAACGGAAAGGAAGAAAGCACGACGGUCCCCCAAAGUGCUAUGGCUGCGGCGAGAUAGGCCACAUCAAGCCAAGAUGUCCAAAAGGCAAAAGCGGCAAGGACAAACCUGGCUUCAAAAAGCAAUGAGCCUAUAUCUCAUGGGGUGGCGACUCCGGCGACGAGUCAACUGAUCAAGAAGAGGAGGAAGCCGCCAACCUCUGCCUCAUGGCGCACGAAGAUCAAACCGACGACGUUCAAGAGGUAUGUACCCCUUCUUCCGACUCUUACACUCUUGAAGAGAUGCAAGAAGCUCUUCGAGAACUUUAUGAUGAAUUUGUUAGCGUUUCUAAAACCAACAAAUCACUAAAGAAACUUCUUUCAACCCU